GAACAAAUUUACUAAAGUUAUUGUCCAUCAAACUAUCCUCUGAUAGUUCAGCUUGAAAACAUUAAAAUGCCGGGACGGGACGUGUCCCCAGCCAGCCGUGUGUUCCAAGCUGAAUGUAAGAACUUCACUUCGCUUCGCUCGCUCAUUCGAAAAUAAGCAAAUGCGAAAUUACCGAAAAAAAUAACGUAAGAGAUGCCCUUCACAAAAUAGACCAACUAUGCAUUUAAGAUCGCCGGAUACCAGAGCCUCAAGAUUAGUCGUGAUGGAGAUCCUUGGAGUGGGUGGGUGUUAAGUAGUGGAUUUCCUUAGGCUGGAACGAUGGCGAUGAAUUAUUAGUACCUAAUUUUAAAUUCAGUAAGUAUACCUACCUACCUAAACAAAAUGAAUUAUUUACGACUAAGUAGGUAUUAUACAUUGGUGAUCUUACGUAUACGUAAGUAAGUAAGAGAUGUUUAAGGUGUUAAUGCCAAGAAGGUUAAGAAUAAUUAAUAGGUACUUUAGGUAUACCCUUAAGUCCCUAUCUAGUUAGAUCGGUUGUUACCUGCCUAAUGUAAGUGGUAGCACUUACAAAGCUCAUUGUUCUUGUACAAACUCAUCAAGGGAAGUCAACAUUUCUGUGAUUAAGUACAACAGUCAAGGCGCGAGUGUCAAACACUAAGUCAGAGUAUCAAAGCUAUUGAAAUCAGGUAAAUGGUAAGGAAUCUGCAAAUAAUCCCAUGGUGCACAAUAUAAGCAUAACCUCCUUUUUUUAGUGAAUACCGAUAUACCUACACAUAAUUUUUAAAAUUAAAAAAUUAGCAACAUUAGCUCCAUCUUUUCAUAUAACGGACAAGUAAAUUUAUUUGUGUACAUAACUUAACUGAAUAGUAUUACAGGUGAACGCUAGAUGUCACGGCCACCCAUGGAACGUGGUUUAACGUUUCGAAAAUAUAGAAAUAGAUGGCGCUUAACACUAAAACAAUAGUAAAAACACAUGUAUUUGCUACACCCUCUUCAGAGUUCAUGUGAUACCAUAUGAAAACCCAAAAAUGUACCAUGGAAACAAGAAAUACAUGAAUACUGAAUACAAUACGGCUUGAGUAUUAAAUUUUGUACUGAGAACCUGAGAACAGACAACGGGAGGGCCUCUGCCGGCUAGCUUGAGCUAGCAACACUUAUCUUACCGUCAAUGUCAACUGUCAUUCCGAUUUCCUACGAAAGCGCGUAAACGGCGUAAACUCCCAUAUAUGUUGCAUUUUCUCUUUUAACACAAACUUGCUUGUGCGUAUAGACCAAACGAGCUGACAUACUGUUAUGAAAUUCAAGUUCUGUUCGGAUGGCGACUGCCCGCUGUGGGCGCUGGCGGCGCUGCACGCGCUCGGCGGCCUGCCUGCCGCCGUGUUCCGCGCGCUGCUGCAGCACAUCGUGGACGAGCUGCCUGAAGAUGGAAUCAUGGAAAUAUUAAAGGACACUAGUUUAUCGUCCCGCGAGGAAUCCGCCAGAGUUGCAGCAGCCAUUCGCUGGGUGUUGCGGCAGACCUGGCGCGGCGGCUGCCCCGGCUCCCAACUAACUCGUGAUCUCCUGGUACUCGGGUUGCCCAGGACACACGCUUCAUCACUAGCUGAAGCCGCUGACAAUGGCAGGGAAGCGUAUGAGGCCAAAAUACAGACUAGCGGAUUCAUGGUCAACAGGCUGACAGACGUAACCACGAGCCCCGGGCCCGAAGGAACAGUGGACACAAUAAAGCUAUCGCUACACUCGGAAGACGUCACCGGUGAACGCGCGCAGGACACCUUGCUGGUUCACAAAUCGCAGGUGACGACGCUGCUUAAGGAGUUGAAGCAGGCGUAUCAGAAAAUGGAGGAGUUGGAUAGUGUGGAGUAGGCACUACGUUAGUAAGAUUCAUAUUUGUAAUGAUUAAGAUUAACCUAUUUAUUUUUAUACACCGUGAGCCCCAAUUACCCGAUAAGUUUUACCCCUGGUUUCUGAAAAUAUAUUUAGACAUUCACACCUUCAAAUCUUGUUAAUUUUUAAAAAUAAAUAAGAGCCAUCGAAAUCUGGGGUUAAAGUCGAACUAACUAUUGGGGCCUAAAGUUCAUCGUCAGGAUAUAUGAUAACUAUACUCAUAAUUUAAUUAAACGACAUUCCAAGAAAGAAAAA